AUGGAUGCCAGGGACAGCAUCGUCAUCUUGGGCGAUUUCAACCUUGGCACUGUAUCGUGGCUUAGAGAUGCUCACGGCUUCUUCUUUCCUGACAUUUCCCGUUCAUCGUUCAGUCCGGCUUCUCUCUCCUUGCUUGACGCGUAUUCAACCGCAAGGCUUCAGCAAGUGAAUGGUGUUCUGAAUGCAAACAACCGUUUGCUCGAUCUGUGCUUUGUCGGGGAGGAUUUGGGACAAAGCUGCUCUGUUACCCAUGCUCCGGCACCGCUCGUCAAAAACUGCAGACAUCAUUCACCUCUACUGUUGACGCUUGCAAUCGAUCCUGAGAAACGCUUCCAAGACCACGCCGAAACCGUCUUCUACAACUUUCACAAAGGAGACUUCGAGCGAAUGAAUAACUUUCUCGCUAAUGUGGAUUGGAAUGCGACACUAGACUCCGGGGAUGCGAAUCUGGCUGCCUCGACCAUGUGUGGUAUCAUAUUCUACGCUAUCGAUCAGUUUGUGCCUAAAAAACUACGGUGUAAACCUGCCAAACCCGCCUGGUCGAACUCUGAUCUUAAGCAUCUGAAAAAGGGUGAAAAGGGCUGCACUGAGGAAACACAUAGCAGUAGUAGAAGUAGUAGCAGUAGUAGAAGUAGUAGCAGUAGUAGCAGUAGUAGCAAUAGUAGCAAUAGUAGUAGUAGGAGCAGUAGUAGCAGUAGUAGCAAUAGUAUCAAUAGUAGCAAUAGUAGCAGUAGUAGCAGUAGUAGCAAUAGUAGCAAUAGCAGUAGAAGUAGUAGCAGUAGUAGCAAUAGUAGCAAUAGCAGUAGAAGUAGUAGCAGUAGUAGCAGUAGCAGCAGUAGUAGCAGUAGUAGCAGUAGUAGCAAUUGUAGCAAUAGUAGCAGUAGGAGCAGUAGUAGCAGUGGUAGCAGUAGUAGCAAUAGUAGCAAUAGUUGCAAUAGUAGUAGUAGUAGCAGUAGUAGCAGUAGUAGAAGUAGUAGCAGUAGUAGCAGUAGUAGCAACAGUAGCAAUAGUAGUAGUAGGAGCAGUAGUAGCAGUAGUAUCAAUAGUAGCAAUAGUAGAAGUAGUAGCAGUAGUAUCAGUAGUAGCAAUAGUAGCAAUAGUAGUAGUAGGAGCAGUAGUAGCAGUAGUAGCAAUAGUAUCAAUAGUAGCAAUAGUAGCAGUAGUAGCAGUAGUAGCAAUAGUAGCAAUAGCAGUAGAAGUAGUAGCAGUAGUAGCAAUAGUAGCAAUAGCAGUAGAAGUAGUAGCAGUAGUAGCAGUAGCAGCAGUAGUAGCAGUAGUAGCAGUAGUAGCAAUUGUAGCAAUAGUAGCAGUAGGAGCAGUAGUAGCAGUGGUAGCAGUAGUAGCAAUAGUAGCAAUAGUUGCAAUAGUAGUAGUAGUAGCAGUAGUAGCAGUAGUAGAAGUAGUAGCAGUAGUAGCAGUAGUAGCAACAGUAGCAAUAGUAGUAGUAGGAGCAGUAUUAGCAGUAGUAUCAAUAGUAGCAAUAGUAGAAGUAGUAGCAGUAGUAUCAGUAGUAGCAAUAGUAGCAAUAGUAGCAGUAGUAGAAGUAGUAGCAGUAGUAGCAGUAGUAGCAAUAGUAGCAAUAGUAGCAGUAGGAGCAGUAGUAGCAGUGGUAGCAGUAGUAGCAAUAGUAGCAAUAGUAGCAAUAGUAGUAGUAGUAGCAGUAGUAGCAGUAGUAUCAAUAGUAGCAAUAGUAGAAGUAGUAGCAGUAGUAUCAGUAGUAGCAGUAGUAGCAAUAGUAGCAAUAGUAGCAGUAGGAGCAGUAGUAGCAGUGGUAGCAGUAGUAGCAAUAGUAGCAAUAGUAGCAGUAGGAGCAGUAGUUGCAGUGGUAGCAGUAGUAGCAGUAGUAGCAAUAGUAGCAAUAGUAGCAAUAGUAGUAGUAGUAGCAGUAGUAGCAGUAGUAUCAAUAGUAGCAAUAGUAGAAGUAGUAGCAGUAGUAUCAGUAGUAGCAAUAGUAGUAGUAGUAGCAGUAGUAGCAGUAGUAUCAAUAGUAGCAAUAGUAGAAGUAGUAGCAGUAGUAUCAGUAGUAGCAGUAGUAGCAAUAGUAGCAAUAGUUGCAAUAGUAGUAGUAGUAGCAGUAGUAGCAGUAGUAGCAGUAGUAGCAAUAGCAAUUGUAGCAAUAGUAGCAGUAGGAGCAGUAGUAGCAGUAGUAGCAAUAGUAGCAAUAGUUGCAAUAGUAGUAGUAGUAGCAGUAGUAGCAGUAGUAGCAAUAGUAACAAUAGUAGUAGUAGGAGCAGUAGUAGCAGUAGUAUCAAUAGUAGCAGUAGUAUCAGUAGUAGCAAUGUUAGCAAUAGUAGCAAUAGUAGUAGUAGUAGCAGUAGUAGCAGUAGUAUCAAUAGUAGGAAUAGUAGCAGAAGUAUCAGUAGUAGCAGUAGUAGCAAUAGUAGCAAUAGUAGCAGUAGGAGCAGUAGUAGCAGUGGUAGCAGUAGCAGCAGUAGUAACAAUAGUAGCAAUAGUAGCAAUAUUAGUAGUAGUAGCAGUAGUAGCAGUAGUAGCAGUAGUAGCAGUAGUAGCAGUAGUAGCAAUAGUAGUAGUAGGAGCAGUAGUAGAAGGAGUAGCAGUAGUAAAAGUAGUAGCAGUAGUAGCAAUAGUAGUAAUAGUAGUUGUAGUAGUAGUAGUAGUAGCAGUAGUAUCAAUAGUAGCAGUAGUAGCAGUAGUAGAAGUAGUAGCAAUAGUAGUAGUAGUAGUAGUAGUAGCAGUAGUAGCAGUAGUAGCAGUAGUAGCAGUAGUAGUAGUAGUAGCAGUAGUAGCAGUAGUAGUAGUAGUAGCAGUAGUAUCAAUAGUAUCAAUAGUAGGAAAAGUAGCAGUAGUAGGUACCAGAGCAUCAGUGCAGCCACUGCCACUGCCCAAGCCGAAGAGGAGGAUGACGGUGAAGUAGCUGCUGUUUCUGAUGAGUGCGAUCUUCGUUUGAACUUCAAACCCAAUAACGAUGUACCGGACGAAACCGAAGUGAAAACCCGUCAGGAAGACGAAGCACAAAUCCUGGAGACUUCGGUCGACGGCCAACCGAUCCGCAUCUACAAAUUGAAGACCGUAACCUACGGCACCGCUUCAGCCCCGUAUCUAGCCACUCGAGUACUGAAGAAGCUAGCGGAGGAUGAGAAGGAGAACUAUCCUCUAGCAGCGAAGGCAACCUGUGAAGAUUUUAAUGUCAACGAUUUCUUUCCGGGUGCACAGACUGUCGCCGAAGCAAUCGAACUACGGGAGCAAAUGGAUGCUAUGUUCAACUCGGCUAGAAUGCAGCUACGAAAGUGGGCGAGCAAUUACCAUGAAGUUCUAGAAGGAGUUCCGGAAAACAACCGUGCCUUGCAACCUUCGAUGGAUUUCGACAAGGAUCAGUCCAUCAAGACACUGUCCAAGUCCUCAACAGUCGUCACGAAACGAAGUGCCCUUUCCUGCAUCGCCAAACUGUUCGACCCACUUGGUUUGAUGGGUCCGGUCGUAGUCAUCGCAAAGACCUUCGUGCAGGCAUUGUGGGGAUUGAAGGAUGGCAGCGGAAAGCAGUACGAGUGA